AUGGAUACCGCGGUACGGAGUAAGCUCGUCAACCUGCAUUCCGACUCCGACAACGAGGAAGUUAUCGUCGCGGCGCAACGUGUCGAUGGCGUCAAGUUAGAGGCAUACGGGUCAGAGUCAGGUGACGAGAACCCAGACGAGGACAGCGCACUCAGCGACGACGGCGCCAACGAGGAGGAGGCAGAGGAAGAUGAAGAAGAGGACUGGGACCUAGAGUCAGUCAUCGAGAUUGAAGGCUCGCUGGAAGAAAUUGGGGAUGAGAGUCUGUGUGGUGGUCAGGAUAUAUGCACCCUCCAAGAGGCAGUUGCUUUCAGACAACAACUUCGUGCAAUCGGACCCGAGGCAUUCUGUGCGCGAACAGUAGAAGCAGGUAAAAUUACGGCAAAGAAGCUGCUCACUGCGUUUAAUGUCAAGCCACCCGUGUCGCUGGAGGGCCGUGACGAUGUUGCUUAUUACACUCUUCUGGGUCUGGCUAUCAGCCGGGACUUGUCCAAGAGAAUCAAGCUGCCACACUACAACAGCAUCGAUGAUGCAGUCAACCUAAUCAAGACGGCGAGGAAUAUCAUCGUCCUUACCGGUGCCGGAAUCUCGACAUCUCUUGGCAUCCCGGACUUCAGAUCCAAGGACAUGGGUCUCUAUUCCAAGCUCGAACACCUUGGACUCAACGAUCCGCAAGAAGUCUUUGACAUACGUAUCUUCCGAGAGGACCCAACCAUCUUCUACUCGGUUGCGAAGGAUAUCAUUCCUUCAACUGAUCGCUUCACUCCCACUCAUGCCUUCAUCAGUCUUCUGCAACAAAAAGGCAAGCUUCUCACAAACUACUCACAAAACAUCGACAAUAUUGAGACCACUGCUGGUAUCUUGCCCGAGAAGCUGAUCCAAUGCCACGGGUCCUUUGCCACUGCCAGCUGCAUAGAGUGCGGCUACCAAGUCGACGGCCAUCUCAUCUUCCCCGAUAUCAGAGCCGGUCGUAUUCCACACUGCGACCGCUGCAUCAAUAAUGCACGCAAGAUGCGGGCACCUACCGCCUUGAAACGCAAGCGGUCAUAUAACGGCCAGGACAAGAAAAAGAAAAGAUUUGACCUGGACGCCGAAGAUAGCUCCUCUGAAGAUGACUACGACGACCCAAAGUCAGGCAUCAUGAAGCCAGACAUUACUUUCUUCGGAGAAGCCCUCCCAGACCGCUUCUCAGACCGUCUCACGAACCACGACAAAGAUCUGGUCGAUUUGGUCAUCGUCAUCGGUACUUCGCUGAAAGUCGCUCCCGUCUCAGAAGUCGUCCCCUACCUCCCCGCCCACAUCCCGCAGAUGUAUAUUUCGAGAACGCCAGUUAGCCAUGUCAACUUUGACGUCGAUAUGCUGGGUGAUUGCGACGUCGUUGUGGCUGAGCUGUGCCGACGCGCGGGCUGGGACCUUGAACACGAGAUGAUUCCCGAGGAUCAGAAGGUUGAGGUUCAGCUGGAGGAGGGGUUCCAGAGCAGAUAUAAGUUCACUGUCCAGAAGUGA